AUGAUCGCCCACACGUCUCUGAGCCCCUCAAGAAGCGUCUUCUCCAUCACAUGCUGUCGUCCAGUUUUCGCCCCAGCUGGCCUUCGAGGCGGCCGCCUCGCACGCGCCUUUGUCGGCGACAGCGCCAGCACGAGCAAUGCACCACCAGUGUUCCGGCCGGCAACGGAGGCGGAUAUGGACACCUGCAGGCGACUCGUGCUUGAGGAGCGGAUGAACCCCCUCAGCAUCGACCAAAGGCUCAUUGUGGUGGCGGCCUGCCCCAGCAGCGGGGCCCUCAUCGGCCUCGGGCAGCUCGUCCCACUGGGGCCUGGCCGGAGCGAGAUCCGGUCAGUGGUGGUUGAGAAGGAGCACAGGGGCAAGGGCAUCGGGGCGGCGCUGGUGCAGCACCUCUGCAGCCGCACGAGCGACACGGUGUGGAUCACCACGAUUUCCAGGCGCACGCAGUUCUACGAGCGGGUGGCGGGCUUUGAGCUGGUGCCCUUCACCCAAGUCCCCAGGGAGAUGCUGUUUGAAGCGCUCGCAGGCGGUCCCGCGCAGCCCGCGCCGACGGAGACGCACAAUUCCCAGGAGAUAAAGCUGAUCCAGGCCGGCUACACGGGCGCGGACCGGCGCGUCGUGUACGAGUGCAACUUUUCGGUCGACACCGACAUCGCGCAGCCCUUCAUGCAGUACCUGCGCAGCCACAUGCGGGAGAUCGUGUGCCUGGAGGAGGGCGCGCUGUUUGACCGCGCGACCCUGUCUAUUGCAGAGCAGGAGGGCGGCAACUCGCUCAACAAGACGCUGCUGGUGGCGCGGUAUCGCGCGCUGUCGCGCUUCCGCCUGCAGGAGUACUUUGAUCGCCAGGGGGAGCGGCUGCGCGCGGACAUGUUGGAAAAGUUUGGCGGCCGCUUUACAGUGGAGAGGCGCAUCCUCGUCAUCGACUGUGUCAUAGAGUAG